AUGACCGACUCGAAUUCGUCUUCUCGCACCGGGUAUCCUCACUCGACUUCGUUGAUGAACGGCCACGAGGUAUCCUACGCACGCGGCCAGGAUGGAUCCGGCUUGUGCUACACUCCAAACUGCCACACACUGGAUUACGGGAUACCGCAGUUCGGGACAGGGGAGGACGAUGAGCAAUUCGAAGCCUUUGGCCAACUGCAUCCUUUCUUUUCGCAGUACGGCGUUGUGGCGGCUAACGACGCUGCCCUUCAUGCUCGGCUGGACAGCCUGUGUGUUGGAACGAAACAAAAGCGUGGUGUUUUGCCCAAGCGGGCCACACAGAUCAUGAAACAGUGGCUAUUCCAACAUCUCGUCCAUCCAUAUCCGACGGAGGAUGAGAAGCGGCUAAUUGCAAAUCAGACCAAUUUGACCUUGCUGCAAGUGAACAAUUGGUUCAUCAACGCAAGGCGUCGGAUAUUACAACCGAUGUUGGAUGCUUCCAACUUUAUCCCCUUGGGGAGCCAUUACUGUGGAACCACGGCUGGAGGGGCUGAGCGGAACGCGGAUGGAUUGGGAAAUAGAGCCACCGAUUCUACGAGUCCACCAGAUAUACAUAUUAUCAGCAAGAAAAAGAAAGCAGCGACUAGUAGGCCCUCCAAUAAUCGCUUCUGGCCGGCUAGUUUGGCCGCGGCUGCAGCCAUCCAUCCAGUGGCUGCUGGCUUGGUCUCAUCUGCAGCAAAUACAGCCACGUCGGAAUCCAGCCUCACACAUAGUGGAAACUACAUAACACACCAACGGGCAGUUGGCAGUAGUAUAGAUAUGCGAGAAGACACAUCGAAAACCACCAACCCUCAAAAACUCACCGCGGGUACUCUUAGAAUGUUACCUUCGGAUAGAAUGGUAUCAUGUUUGCAUGCGUCUGACGUUUCCGCCCAGAUGCGGCAAGAUGCAAGCUACCCAUUGGUGAGCAGAAAACAAGUUAAUUCCAAUCCAACAAAUAAUUUAAACUGCUGGGAGCACGAAUCACAGUCUCCAGCGUAUAAUGCCGGAGAUGAAUACGGAGUACCAGUGAGUGGAUCGAAGGUCUCUGUUUUUCGUCGGACUUCAAUCCAUGCUCAUCCUUCGUCAUUGCAACAGCGCGAUGGCUCAAAACACCCUACUGACUGCAUGGAUUUCACAACCCUCAGCAAUGUACAAUCCGACAUGCCAGGAUCACCUGACACAAAUCAGAAAAACAUGAAGUGUCCGGUUGGAAAAAACUCACCAGGCACAAUUCAAGGUGAAAAGGGAGUGGAGAAUUAUGAUUCACGAACGUACCAUGUGCAGAAUGUGUUGCAACAUCCUCAGAGGCAUCAGCGUUCAUCCCAGACACCUACCCAACUGCAGCCGUGUGGUCCGACCUCCGUUGUCCCUUCACAAAGCACACCAGCCUAUGAUGGUUAUGGGAGUACCAAUUCGUCGGACAUGUAUGUUCCAAACUUGAAACCCACUCUUCGUGGGAAUGCAAGUUUAAGCUCACAAUCGACGGAUCGUGACCCACAUGCUUUCUCUGCCCUAACUACGCUGCACGCGACCUUGAAGCCAGAUUCAACCGCCACCGCAUCCAAACCAAAUCAGACCCUGACUACAAUAUUUGAGAACAACACGGCCGCUCUGUCAGAAAAAGCCACCUAUGAUACUAGAUCAACCAAAACUCACUCGUCCGAGUACGGUGGCGGAAAAGUUCAACCUAGCGAUACCACUUUAUUGCAUCACAUCUCUGAGUUAACGUUUCAGCAGUCAAGUACCGAUUGUGUUCAGAACAACACUUUCGAUUUCCACCCCAAACUGAGUCAAUCUUAUCCAUCGAAUUACUCAUCAGCUCUGUUGAAUCAAGCGCAGCAAUAUUCCAACUAUUUGGCCUCAGGCAUAGGUCAACCCGGUUCAUUGUCCUCAUCCGGUGAUAUUCCUUCCUCUUUAACUUGCUCUGGCUUUCAGAAUGUCUUCGCUUAUUCAUCGGAGACAGCCUCACCUCAUCCGUUUUCGACCAUCCCGCAUUUGUCCCAACUUUACAACCCACCGUUUCCCACCGGCUCUCUAUUCUCAUCCACUGCCGUUCGCCCGAAUCACGUGAAUUCCAUCUUUGGCGGAUUAACGGAUCAGAGCAUCAUGACUAUAGGCUCCAGCUCAGACUCCGGUUGCCAGCACUCUGAUACGUAUGCACUACCGUCCUUUGGGCUAGAAAAACCGCACCAACGGACUCCCCCUUCGGCUGGUCUGUCCGACGCACAUCCGGAUGCUGCUUUGUCCCCGCAGGCCAUCCCUUCGAACGCGACCAACUGUAAUUUCUCAUCGGUUUCGAGGAGUACGCGAGAACCUUUCGAUCAGCCGAACAUCAACUCGAUUUCCCACUUCACGCAACCGGCAAAAGAUCCACAACUGCAUAGGCCUCCAAAACCAAUUUAUCCGCCACUAUGCUACUAUUCUAAGUAUAUUCCGACAAUCUCAGGCCCUCGUGGUGCAUAUAACAUGCCCUCCACCUAUUUACCCACACAUUAUUCGAUACCACCGUAG